AUGGAACACCUGCUCGACACAAACAAUGAGCUCGCCAGAUCCAUUGUUGACUAUGGUCUUUCGUUCUAUAAUAUCAGUCAGUCUGAGCUGGACGAAUUUAUCAAAGAAAGUGAGGCUCAGCAGCGGUCCGCUGAUAAGACUAGCGUCUCUCAGGGAAUGAAGCAUUUUGUGCGUGACUGGGCAGAUGAGGGUAAUGAAGAACGCCAACAAUCCUUUGGGUGUAUAUUGAAAUCGCUCGCUCAGAUGCCACGGACGAAAGAUAGACCCUUGCGAGUGCUGUUACCUGGGUCUGGAUUGGGAAGAUUAGCACAUGAGGCUGACAAGCUUGGAGGCUUUGAGGUCACUAUGAAUGAAUGGUCAACAUACAUGAACCUGGCAUACCGUUAUGUAUCCAGUGUGUCCGUUCCCGACAGUGUACACUUUCACCCGUACAUCGACUGGUGGUCCCACCAGGCCAAAACCGAUGACCUCCAGCGCUCAGUUACGUUUCCAAACCAAGUUAUCGAACCAUCAUCUGUCUUGCUCGUAGAGGGAGACUUCACCACGGUGUUUGCAGAACACACAGGCCAGUACGAUAUAAUCGUAACCUUGUUUUUUAUCGAUACCGCGCGGAACCUAGUCACAUACCUUGAGACUAUCCACAGACUACUUCGUCCUGGUGGUCGUUGGGUCAACCUCGGUCCUUUGUUGUAUGGCACUGCUCCAUUUGUGCAGUUAUCACUGGACGAGAUUGUGACGUUAAGCGAGAGCAUGGGGUUUGAGUUCCAGGAGACGGAUGCCACAAUUGGAAAUGUCACCCUGCCUAACGUGCCAGUGCGAGGGUUGGAGGUGGCAUAUGGCCGAAAUGGGCGUGGGUUAAAUAAGAAUGCUUAUCAGGCGCAGUAUUGGGAGGCUGUGAAGCGCUAG